AUGGUCUCCGACAUCGCCAUCAAGCAAGCCGACCAGCAAGGUGUGACCGGCGAUGACAUCACCGCCUUCCUCAACAAGGCUGAGAAGAUACUGACACGGGGCAACAACCAACCACAGCCUAAGCCGCCUAAACAACUGACCGAGUCUUUGAAGUCACUUACCAGAGAUGACUCCAAGGUGAUUGUUCCAGCAGACAAGGCCAAGGCUCUGGUGGUGAUAAGCAAGUCUGACUACACAGCAGCCCUUCUACGUUCACUCCAGUCACCGGUCUACGAGGAGGUAACCAGUGAUCCAGCGGAAGCCUUUGCUGGCAGGUUUAACGAGCACCUGCUCACAGCAUUGGCCGGACCUGCUGUUCGUGGAAGGCGACGUGACACCAUGCUGAAGGAGAACAACCCAGAAGGCUACCAACUCUAUCGCCGCCUCUCCAAGACCCAUGGCCGCAGCGGUCCGUUCUAUGGACUUGUGAAAACUCACAAAUACUCAUCACCUCCCAGCACCGACGACGACAGACUCAACUGGAUCUCCAACUUGAAACUGAGACCAAUCUGCCCAGCCCACCGCGGUGCAGAUUACGAGUUGACCAAGCAUCUGACGAAGUGUCUGAAAGUCCUCCCACGCCCUCCACACUCGGUCAGCUCUCCACUGCAAGUCCUGGAGAUGCUACAGAACAUGACGCAUGCGGUCAACAGCUGCCGUCUCGUCUCCCUGGAUGUGGAGGCGAUGUUCCCGUCAAUACCUACUCAGACAGCCAUCUCACUGAUUCGUACUCAGCUGCGAGACAACAGAGACGCCCUCUCCGACGUAACUUGUCUCAAGCCCGACGCAGUCGCUGACCUGCUGAACAUCUCUAUCCAGAACUGCCAUGCGGUCAUUCAAGACGGUGACAAGGAGCGAUGGUUCAGGCAGACUACCGGCCUAGCCAUGGGCAAAAGCUACUCUCCGGUGGUCGCUGACCUGUACAUGGGACACUGGGAGGCUGAUCUGGAGCUCCUGGCGGCCAACUGUGGUGGCAGGGUCCAUGCUUUCUGCCGAUACGCGGACGACUACCUGGUCUUGUUCGAGGGCAGUGACGACAUCCUCAACACGUGGGUCAACCAGCUGAACAGCAAGGACUCCAGCAUCAAUGUCACCACUGACUUGGAAGUAAACCGACAGCUACCGUAUCUUGACAUCUGCAUCACUAGAAGAGACGACAAGUUCUGCACCAAGGUCUACAGGAAGUCCUGCAACACCAACCAAGUGCCUGCCUUCAGCUCCUACACCGAGACCCGCUACCUGAGAGCGGCCAUUCGAUCUGACUGCACUCGAGCGAUCCGAUACUGUUCGUCCAUGAGAGACCGCCAGCAGGAGCUUGACUUCAUCCGCCAGAAGUUUCAUCAUCAUGGCUACCCACGAUCAUUCAUCGACUCGGCCAUUCAGAAGACUCGGACCGAUCUCAGACUGAAGGCAAGGGCCCUACCAGCGCCACCUAGCGCGAACUCACACCCGGCGCCUGUCCGAGUCUCUGUUCCGUUUGCCGGCCCCCUGUUCUACCAACUCAAACGGGAGGCCAGCAAGAUCGGGAUCCAGCUCGUCUCCAAGCCUUCAGUCACCAUCGGCUCGCUGCUCUGCAGCAAGGCUAAGCACCAACUGCCUAAGCUACAACAGAGCAACGUCAUCUAUCGGAUCGAGUGCUCCUGCCAAGCUGUUUGCCCGCUGCCAGCAGCCCGCCUGCCGCGGCCCGAAGCUCCUGCCGGCUGCCUGCUGUCUGCUGCCGCCCCACUGCAGCGGCCCACGCUACAUCGCAAGCGGCAAGCGCAGUAG